AGCGAACAGACGCUGUUACGUCGGGGCGGUCCUUCUCUUACCCUCCCCUCUGUUUUUCCUGCCCUCCCCUUCUCCUCCAUCUGCAGCCGCAGUGGGGCCGGGCGGGGUGCGGAGCGUUGCAGUGGGGCAGGUGCAGUGUCCCAUUCAGCAGCCAAGAUGUGGCCGUCCGUGUCCAUCCUGUGUGUCCUGGUGGCCUUCGCCAAUGCCCGCAGCAUUCCUUACUACCCACCCCUCUCCAGUGACCUGGUCAACCACAUAAACAAGCUCAACACCACCUGGAAGGCAGGGCACAACUUCCACAACACUGAUAUGAGCUAUGUGAAGAAGCUCUGUGGCACCUUCCUGGGUGGGCCCAAGCUCCCUGAAAGGGUAGAUUUUGCUGCGGAUAUGGAUUUGCCGGAUACCUUUGACUCAAGGAAGCAGUGGCCCAACUGUCCCACCAUCAGCGAGAUCAGAGACCAGGGCUCCUGUGGCUCUUGCUGGGCUUUUGGUGCUGUGGAAGCCAUUUCAGAUAGAAUCUGUGUUCACACCAAUGCCAAGGUGAGCGUGGAGGUGUCGGCAGAGGACUUGCUGUCGUGCUGUGGCUUCGAGUGCGGCAUGGGGUGCAAUGGUGGAUACCCCUCUGGUGCAUGGAGGUACUGGACAGAGAGGGGCCUUGUGUCCGGGGGUCUCUACGACUCCCAUGUGGGCUGCCGGCCCUACACCAUCCCACCCUGUGAGCACCACGUCAAUGGCUCCCGGCCGCCCUGCACUGGGGAGGGAGGAGAAACCCCCAGGUGCAGCCGGCACUGCGAACCUGGCUACUCACCUUCCUACAAGGAGGACAAGCACUACGGCAUCACAUCAUACGGUGUCCCUCGCAGUGAGAAGGAAAUCAUGGCUGAGAUCUACAAGAAUGGCCCAGUGGAAGGAGCCUUUAUUGUCUAUGAGGACUUCUUGAUGUACAAAUCUGGGGUGUACCAGCAUGUGUCAGGGGAGCAGGUUGGAGGCCACGCCAUCCGGAUCCUGGGCUGGGGAGUCGACAAUGGGACCCCGUACUGGUUGGCUGCCAACUCCUGGAACACCGACUGGGGGGAUAACGGCUUCUUCAAGAUCCUUCGUGGAGAGGACCACUGUGGCAUUGAGUCCGAGAUCGUGGCUGGCGUCCCCAGGACGGAACAAUACUGGACCAGGGUGUAACCAUCCUCCCGCAUCACUGCUGAUGAGUUGAUCACACCACACAAAUAAUCCCAAGUCCCCUGAUGCUUUUAACUGAUAGCGGGUUGGGCGCAGAGCCCCCUCCCCCCCCACUCUUAAGAGACUAUAGUUGAGGUUCUUUUAAUUAAAAGCUUUUUAUCUUUUUAUUUCGUUCUGGUUUUAGUUGUACGGUGGAGCUGGAGGUGGCAGGACCCUUAUUGGUGUGAGCUGCUGUCUGCAAGCCCUGGUGGGUCACAGCAUGAGGGCAUUCCCUGGAGGGCUCUCUGGCCCUAUGUGCUGUAGUUUUUGGGUAACUCAGAGCCCUUCCAGUCUAGUUGUAUUACUGGUAGGUGGGAAGCAUUGUGCUGGGAAUAGGAACUUGGUGGGGCAGCAGAGGUAGGACAUGCAGGCUGCAUCCAUGCAUGGCUUGUGCACCUGUGGCUGGGCUGGUCCGGCUGUUGGUACCCAAUAGGAGCAGGGUGUGCAAGAGUGCCUGUGCCUUGCUGGGUAGGUUUGGGCUUUGUAAUGAGAAGAAACUGAAGAACCUGAUGUGGGGCUGGCUCUGGCUGGAGCUGCACAGAGCCCCUCCUGCCUUUGAUAAAUCCUUUUGUGCACUGCUCCAUUAUUUUGGCUGCUUUUUAAACCACUCCUUUCUUAACUCUUUUUUUUUUCCUCCUUCCUGCUGUAGUCUGGGGUUAUUAAUUAUAGGGAAAGGCCUGGCCUGAGCUCCACGAGCCUCUGAUCAAAUGUCCUGCAGCACUUGGGAGCGUGCUGGGAAGGAAGAGCUGCUUCUAUCCAAGGCAGCUCGGUUGUGCUUUGGGUCGUGCCUUGGCAGGGGUGCUGCUUUUAGCAAGUCAGUGUGGUGCUUUGGGACUGCAGAUGCUGAAUGUUGGGUGCAAACAAGGGGUGUUCCCCAACCCUGCUGCAGGGAGCUGAUGCAGAUGCCUGCAGGUAUCUUGCUAAUUUGCGCACCACUAAAGCUUUCUUUGAGCCACAGGUGUCAAGGAAGAAAUAACCUUAUAGGGUUUUUUUUUUUACUUGGGGGGGUGGGAGGUGUAAUAAGUGUAGGAGGAAUCGUGUGAUCUGCCAAUGCUAAUGUAAUGAAAGAGCUUUGUAUUCCCUCUUGAAGCACAGAGUAUAUUGCUGAGCUAAUGCCACAGGGCUGACAGUGAGUGAAGCAACCUCUCCCCUCGUACUGUAAAAUAGCCCCGUAUCUCUGCUUACUCAAACAGAACUUUGGUGUGUCUGAAUGAAACGACUGUGCCAAUAAAUGAUUUCUCCAACA